CGACUCUUGAUUUUUAUGUAGCUUCUUUUUAUUGCUUUCAAUUUAUCAUUCGAUUAAUUUCUAAUAAUAUAUCCUUCAUAUCGCUCAGUUCUUUCACAAGCGUUCGCUCAAUUGGAUCUUUCUGAAAAUAAAAUUAUUGGACGAUGGAGAAGAGCGGAGAUGAGAAAGAAGACACAGAAACAGAGGGAGACGCCGCAGCCGACGAAGAUUUUUCGAUAAUUGAUCAAGUAAGCCCAAUAAUAAAACCGGACGUCAACGUUGACAGCAUGUUAGCGUACGUCGGUGAUUUUGGACGGUACCAAAUCCUGCUCAUGGUCCUAUUUAGUAUGGUAAAUGUAUUCUCCGCAUUUCACUACUUCGCCCAGACAUUCAUCACUAUCGAACCGGAAAACUUCCGGUGCGCGAUGUUAGCUGAAAAUGAUCACGAAAAUGACGAUAAUUUCUAUGGACUUGUUAACGCUGGGCCACCAGGAAACGAGACCAGACCCCAGUCUCCAGACAAAUGCAAGGAGUUCAAUUUAGACUUGGUGGAAUUUGUGGAGAAUAAUAAUGAUACCCAGAGAAAUACAAUUUGGAAACUUGAAGACUGUAAAAAAUUUAAAUACGACAAAGAUUUUGGUUACGAAAGCAUCGUAACAGAGUUAGAGUGGGUCUGUAAUAAAUCUUGGAAAGCUGCAAUCGGACAAUCGAUGUACUUCGUUGGAUCUGUUUUUGGAACAUUUCUGCUUGGUAUCGCAGCUGACAGCUGGGGCAGAACGAAAGCCCUCGUAAUAGCCUAUCUUUUCGCCAUAUUCGGUAACACUAUGACCAUAUUCUCAUACGAUCUGGAAUUAUUCGCUGUCGCAAGAUUCAUCGCCGGCUUGGCCACCGACACUAACUUUGUCAUGAUGUACAUUAUCGUCAUGGAGUACGUACGGCCUUCGAUGAGAACUUUCGGGCUGAACGUUUGCAUAGGAAUAUUUUACUGCCUCGGAUGUAGCGUUGUCCCUUGGUUGGCCGUUGCCCUUCAAACGUGGAGAAGAUUCUUGAUCGCGGUUUCAGUGGGGAUGAUUUUGACGCCCUUCUACUAUUUCAUCCUUCCCGAGAGCGCGUCCUGGCUUUUGACUCAGGGUAGAGUCGACGAAGCAUUGAAGGGCUUUCAAAGAAUCGCUAAAAUCAAUGGCAAGACAAUCCCAGAUGAAGUCAUAGCGACAUUCAAAGAGGUCCAUGAAAACGACGAUAAACCGCCCAAGGCAGCCAUCUGCGAACUUUUUAGAACGCCAAAACUUAGGAGGAAAAUGUGUAUUCUUAUUUUCAAAACAAUGACUUUGACGCUUUGCUACGACGCGAUAUCAAGGAACGUAAACGUGAAUGGCGCGUCGCCAUUUUUAGUAUUUUCGCUUGGUUCGCUGACGAUCUUUCCCGCGGGUAUUGUGAUCCUGUUAUUGCAGGAUAAAAUAGGAAGGAAGGCACUUUUCUUCCUAGCCGUUUUGAUGUCAGCUUUUCUCACAUCCAGCUGUGGAUUGAUGAACGCAUUCGUCAAAAACACGACGGUCCUUUCUCAACAGACGAUCGUCCGAUUAAGCGUAGGUCUCACAGUAACGGCGAGGCUCUGUGUAGUCGUUGCCUUCAAUUCCGGAUCUCAAUACGCCGCUGAAUUAAUACCAACGGUAAUCAGAGGUCGAGGGGUCGCUCUCAUUCACGUUGUUGGAUAUGCCGCCAGUUUUAUGAGCCCCCUAAUAUUGUACCUGAGUAAAUAUUGGCUACCUCUUCCAGAUCUUCUGCUCAGCACAUUAUGCUUCGUUUGUGCAGCGGUUACUCUUCUUCUUCCUGAAACCCUCGGCAAAACGCUUCCUGUUACCGUCAAAGACGGGGAAGAAUUUGGGGAGAAUGAGAGACCCUGCGAUUUUGUAUGCUGCGGAGCUGGAAGAGAUCAAAAUCGCAAUUAACUAAAUUGAAUAGAUUAUGCAAAAAUGAAACAACCAAAAUGUAAUAACGACAGCCAAAGAUCUUUAACGUAUGCAGGCGACAACAUCUUUGCUGAACAUUCCUCUACCAAAAACUUUGAAGUUGCUUCAGCGAUAAAUAAUAUUUAUGCCCCGCGACAAGUCAGUCUCUGAUAUUUUUCAUGUAAGGACUAUCAAUAAGUAGUGGAAUUAAUUUAGUUUUGUCAAGUUCUAAUCAAAUCAAAUUCCACUCUCCAUGUUUCACGGAGCGCGCACUUUUUUGCGAAUGCGUAGUUCGAGAGAAGGGGGAAUGACGUAGAUUUUAGAAUGACACGGGGGCUUGGGUAACCAGCCAGGAACGCGUCAGUCAUUCAGUGUCUCGCAUUCACUCGCAUUCACCCGCGUUAGGUGUCACGUCGCGCGUAUGUCUGCCGCGUGCCUUAGAAAAGGAAACAAUUUAAAUUAAAGUACACAUACACACACUGUAAGAUAGGAAAAA